CCACACAAAGUUCACCGAUAACAGAUGAUAUAAACGUGCAUCAACUGCUCGAUCGAUGUUUUGUGCGGUGAGCUGCUUCUAUAAAUAGAGCCUCCUUGAACUCCUCAGCUCGAACACGUACCGAUCCAUUCGCUGUUUAGGAGAUGGAUGAGUCGAUCUCUUACCUUGUUGAAAGGAUUAAGGAGGAGAUGUUCUCCCCCUCAGCUGACAUGCUCUCCUUCCUGCCACCGUCGCCCUACGAAACUGCAUGGGUCGCCAUGGUUGCCGGUCCUCAGUCUCCUCAUCGUCCCAUGUUUCCGCAGUGCCUAGAGUGGAUAAUCCGCCACCAGAGAGAGGAAGGGUACUGGGGGGAGCUCGGCAACCCCAUGGACUCUCUCACCUCCACCCUCGCUUGUGUUGUUGCACUCAAUGCAUGGGACACUGGCCAUGCUAAUAUCGAGAAAGGAUUAGGAUUUCUUCGUGCAAACAUGGUGAAACUUCUGAUGGAGCAUCGCGGUGGCAUCCCUCAGUGGUUCUCUAUUGUCUUCCCUGGCAUGCUUGAGCUGGCACUGGCCAAAGGCCUACCUGUUCUUCCCGACGGCGGCAGCAUGCCAGCAGUGAACAACGUCUUCAACAGAAGAGAAACCAUAUUGACAAUGGAAAAAUAUUCCGGCAACGAUCGCCACCCCCCGCUAACGUCGUUCCUUGAGGCCCUGCCAAUAAGCUGCAGGCCAAAUCAUGAAGUGAUUCUUAGGCUUCAGAUGGAAGACGGCUCGCUCUUCCACUCUCCUUCUGCAACCGCUUGUGCUUUCAUGAUUACAGGCGAUAGGAAUUGCUUGGAGUACCUGCAGACCAUGAUGAAACGAUGCAGUAACGUGGUUCCUUCCGUGUUUCCUGUGGACGAAGAUCUCAUAAAGCUGUGUCUGGUGGAUCAUUUGAGGAGGUUAGGGUGUGGUGAGCAUUUUGCGGAAGAAAUACGAGGCGUUAUGGACCAUACUUACAGGUAUGGCAUUGUGUGGCUACUAUUGCGCACUGCUACUGCAGUAUGCUGCUACUGCAGUUUGCUGAAGGGAGCCUGGAAGCGACCACAGCAGAGGAAGCUGCCGGCAGCUGCUGUGGGCCGGGAAAUGGCCACGGAGAUGUCGCAGCGUCCCGGAGAUUGUAGAGGCUACGGUUUGCGAGGCAGAUCUCAGCAGAGGAAGCUGAGGAAGCUGCUGCAUGGUGGAGGAGUCCCGUCGGCCUCUGGCGAGGCUGGAAGGGGAGAAGCAGCAGUGCAGCAGCACAGCGGCGCUGCCCUUUCUAGCCAGAUGAGCCUACCCUUCCUAGCCAUAUGA